AUGGAGAAUCAGUCAGCUAGAGCCAUAGAAACCCAAACGAUCCAGGGCCUGUCCAUUGAGUUUGCCGAAUUGGUUCCAGCUAACCAGUUCACAGCAGCUGAAAUCCAGAGCUACCUCUUAGGUUUCAAGGAUAAACCUGACGUGGCUGUUCAAAGGGCUGCCAAGUGGCUGCAGGAUGUCAUCUACGCGGAUAUGAAUCUCGACGAUUGUAUUGAGGGAAAGCAGUACCAUGAUGUCGUCGGCGGUUAUCAACGACUGGAUGUCUUUCAGUUGCAAGUUAACCGCUCUCGGAAGGAUCCUGUACUCUUCAAGGAGGAGGAGUCUUGCUUUCAAGAUUGA